GAAAGGGAAGACAAUUCCACUCCUACAUCAGUAAAGAUAAACUUGCAGAGAAAAUUUUUCCAUAUCUCUGCCACUUUCAACUGAACCCAAGCCACUUCAAUCACCCUCAGUAGUUGCUGCGUUCUCGGUGACUUGUGCAGGGAGUUGUGCGGCGACGUGAACGGAGGGCGUAAGAGAGUUCGAGUUUUCGUUUUCGUUUUCGGAAAACCCUUGGUCUUCUUUCAUGGCGGAGGGAAAUCCUCAUUUAAACAACGUGCUAGAAGAAAAUGGGACCUCAGAGCUUCCAAGUCACGUAGAAGAGGCUGGUGAGCUUUCUCCACCAUCACAAAAAGGAGAUGACGGUAAAGAAGUUUCAAAGAAGAAAAAGAAAAAAGCUAAAAGCAAGAAAAAGAAAGAACUCAGAGAACAGACUGAUCCACCAUCAAUUUCUGUUCUUGACCUUUUCCCAUCUGGAGAUUUCCCUGAAGGUGAAAUUCAGCAGUACAAAGAUGAUAAUCUAUGGAGGACAACAUCAGAGGAGAAGAGAGAACUGGAGCGCCUGCAGAAACCAUUGUAUAAUUCUGUUCGUCGAGCAGCAGAAGUUCAUCGUCAGGUCCGCAAAUAUAUAAAAAGCAUUUUAAAGCCUGGAAUGCUGAUGACUGACUUAUGUGAAACAUUGGAGAACACUGUUCGUAAGCUAAUAUCAGAGGAUGGCCUGCAAGCUGGCAUUGCAUUCCCCACAGGAUGCUCUUUAAAUUGGGUUGCUGCUCACUGGACUCCAAAUUCAGGGGAUAAGACUAUACUUCAGUAUGAUGAUGUGAUGAAAUUGGAUUUUGGCACCCAUGUAGAUGGAUAUAUAGUUGACUGUGCUUUUACUGUGGCAUUCAACCCCAUAUUUGAUCCAUUGCUCGAAGCCUCUCGUGAAGCAACCAACAUGGGUAUUAAGGAAGCUGGAAUCGAUGUGCGCCUUUGUGAUAUUGGUGCCGCAAUUCAAGAAGUCAUGGAGUCAUAUGAAGUUGAAAUUAACGGGAAGGUGUAUCAAGUUAAGAGUAUAAGGAAUUUGAAUGGACACAGCAUUGGUCGCUACCAAAUCCAUGCUGGAAAAUCUGUUCCCAUUGUGAAAGGUGGGGAGCAGACAAAGAUGGAGGAGGGUGAAUUUUUUGCUAUUGAAACCUUUGCAUCAACAGGGAAAGGCUAUGUACGAGAAGACCUUGAGUGCAGCCACUACAUGAAAAAUUUUGAUGUUGGUCAUAUUCCACUGAGAUUGCCCAGAGCCAAGCAACUGUUAGCAACUAUUAACAAGAACUUCUCUACUUUGGCCUUUUGUAGGCGGUAUUUAGAUCGCCUAGGAGAGACUAAAUACUUGAUGGCAUUAAAGAAUUUGUGCGACUCUGGCAUUGUUCAGCCUUAUCCUCCUCUAUGUGACGUGAAAGGGAGCUAUAUAUCACAAUUCGAGCAUACAAUCUUACUCCGACCAACAUGCAAAGAAGUUAUAUCAAAGGGUGACGAUUACUAAUGUGGAUUUGAAGAUUUUUUAAUGUGUUUUUUCGUUGUACCAUUAUCUUUUUGAACUGUUUUUACAUUAUCAUGAACACUUUGGUUUUAUAACUAGAUGUAUGCCUAUGGAGGAUGGCAUUAUUUAAUAAUUGGUAUAUUUCCUCAAUAGACAAUAUCUUAUUAGAAGGUCCACCCAAAACAAUACUAUUUUACACUUUGGUUUUAUAACUAGAUGUAUGCCUAUGGAGGAUGGCAUUAUUUAAUAGUUGGGAUAUUUCCUCAAUAGACAACAUCUUAUUAGAAGGUCCACCCAAAACAAUACUAUUUUACAGGACACCAUCCCGUUAACAUACUUUCUUGGUCACGUAAAAUUACAAUGUCAAGUGGGAUGUCUUGGUGCCAGUAUAUUUGGGGCAAAUUUGAGUUUA